AUGUCGAUGAAAGAUCUCAAUAAAAAAUUAGAAAAACUUUUAAAAAGUAAAAUUUCUCAAAAUAAUAUUAUAAAAGAACUUGAUGAAAUCUUUGAUGAAUUUAAUGUUCGUCAAGUAAAUUCAUGGAGAAAUUUAUCAAAUAAAACUAAAAAUACAUUAUUACAUGAACUUGUUGAUAAAAAUUAUUUGGAAGUUGUUCGUCAUGUUAUUACAAAAUAUCAAUUACGAACAUUUUUUAAACGUGAAUCAGAUGGUUUGACUCCAAUUGAUCUUGCAAAAUUAAAUGAAGAUUGGGAUAUGUUAGAUCUUUUAAUUGAAUUUGAUGAUGAUAAAACAAUAAAAGAAACAUAUGAUCAAUUUGCAAUUAAACAACAAAAAGAUAAAAUGAUGAAUAUUGUUUGGAUGGAUUUAGAAUUUACAUCUUUUCAAAAUCCAAAAAUUUUAGAAUGUGCUGUUAUUAUUACUGAUAAAGAUCUUAAUGAAAUUCAACGAAAACAAUGGGUUGUUCAUUUCGAUGAAGAGACCAUCUCUGAAUUAGGUGAAUGGCAUCAAAAUGCAUUUAAAGAUAUUGAUGAUGGUGGAAAUGGAUUAUUUAAAGAUGUUUUAGCUUCAAGAAUUAGAAAAGAAGAAAUGGAGAAGGAAUUAUUAGAUCUAUUAAAAUCUCAUUGUCCAGAAAAAGCUUGUCCAUUAGCAGGUAGUUCAAUUCAUGUUGAUAAAGAAGUUUUAAAAGUUGAAAUGCCUAUUGUUCAUGAUUAUCUUCAUUAUCGUGUUAUUGAUGUUAGUUCAUUUUAUGAAAUGAUCAAAAGAUGGGCACCUGAAACAGGAUCAAAAUUUUCAAAACAAAUUGCUUCAAAUGGACGAGAUACAGUUAAUCAUAGAGCAAUGAAUGAUAUUGAAUGGUCUAUUGAAAUGAUGAAAUUAUUUCGACCAUUAUUAACAUCACGAAAAUUUUCGAAAGAAAGAGGAAAUGUUCCACGAAUAAAAGAUGAAAAUCAAUGUUCUUCUGAAAAUAGUAAUAAUGUACGAAAAAGUAAAUUUCCAUUAAUUGCAUCUUCUAUUGAUCGAUCAAAAUUAUCUAAUGAUGAAAAAGAACUUUUAAAACGUCUAGAAUUUGAACAAAGAUUUGAUGUUGGAGAUUUACAACUUAAUAAUAAUGAUCAACGUAUUUAUGAUGAAAAUCCACAUUUACGUGAAGUUUUUAUUAAUCAUGAACAAAUUAUUUUUAAUAAAGAAAAUUUUACAAAUGAAAAUCGUAAAGUUAAAAAAUCAAUAAUUGAAAUAAAAAAUGCACGUGAAAUCAAUACAACAGAAUAUUGGGAAGAACGAAAAAUUCUUUUAUCAGAAAUUGAAUUUUUAACUGAAUUUUCAUCAAAAGAAAAUAAUUUUGUUAUUUAUGUUGGUGCUGCACCUGGAAUACAUCUCAAUUAUCUUACUUCAUUAUUUUCUUAUAUCAAAUUUAUUCUUUUUGAUCAAGAAAAUUUUCUUAUAAAUGAAACAAAUCAAAUUGAAAUCAAAUCAGAACAUUUUUCCGAUAAAUUAGCAGAAGAAUAUUCUAAAAAAUAUGAAAAUAUUUUAUUUAUUUGUAAUAUAAAAACAUCUAGAAAUGAAAAUGAUCUAGAUAAACAUAUGAAUAAUCAAAUGAAAUGGUAUCAAAUUAUGAAACCAUAUGCAUCAUUAUUAACAUUUUCUCUUCCUCAUUAUCAUCAACGAACAUACGAAUAUUUAAAUGGAGAAAUUUUAUUAGAUUUAUGGUCUUCAAAACAAUCAAUUCAAUGUCGAUUAAUUGUUGAAAGAAAUGCUAAAAUGAUUCAAUAUAAUAUUUCAGAAUUUGAAAAUUCAAUAAAAUAUUUUUAUAAUAGAACACGAACAAUGUUUUAUGAAAAUGAUUUAGAUCAUAUUGAAACAGAAGGAAUUGAUCAUUGUUAUGAUUGUAGAGCAGAAAUAUUUAUUUUAAAAAAUUAUUUUAUUCAAAUUAAACAAAUUAAUGACGAAAAACAAUUAAAAAAAUCUAUUGCACAAUUAUCUUAUGAAAUAUCAACAAAUAUUUAUGAAAAACAUCGACCUAAAAUUAUUAAUGGAAGACGAUCAUUAAAUAUUAUUAUGAAAAAAUAA